AUGCGCUUCUACGAGGUUUUGGCGGCAUCGCUCGUCGCGCCCUUUGUUGCAGCCCACGGCGGCACUCCCGGAGCACCAAAGAUCUUUGGCCUAGCACGCGAUGUUGCGGAUCUGAAGACAAGGAAUAUUUUUGGAGGUCAUAACCACCGCGCUGCUGGACAUGGUUCACCUUUGCAAGCACGUCAAGGUGGUGCGGACGGCCGAUGCGGGAAAGAUUUCGGCUGUGCAACUUGCGACGAAGGCUACUGCUGUUCUCCUGGUGGAUAUUGUGGCAAGGGCCAAGAUUACUGUCAGGCUCCCGACAGCCAAUUUGAUUACGGUCCAGGUGCCGAUGCGAACAAACUACCGUCUGGUGGAUCCACACGCAACAUUGCCAGGACGAAGCUCGGAAGCGUCCCAUACGGCGGAGAAGGAAUCUAUGUCUGCGAGAAAGCCGGACAAAUCGCCAUCACUUAUGAUGAUGGGCCUUACAUCUACACCAACGACCUACUGGACAUGUUCAAGUCCUACAAUUUCAAGGCUACCUUCUUUAUGACCGGCAUCAAUCUCUACAAAGGCGCAAUCGAUGAUGCGUCUACUAAGUGGCCGGCUAUGAUGCAACGCAUGGUCACCGACGGACACCAACUUGCUAGCCACACCUGGUCUCAUCAAGAUCUCAGCGCCAUUACCUCGGCGCAGCGUUACGAGCAAAUGAUCAAACUCGAGAUGGCAAUGAGCAACGUAGUUGGAAAAUUCCCGACUUACAUGCGUCCGCCGUACUCUUCUUGCUCUGAAGCAUCUGGAUGCCAGAAGGACAUGGCUGAUCUCGGGUACCACGUGUCCUACUUUGAUCUCGAUACCGAUGACUACAAUAACGUCACCCCAGACAAGGCUCAGAUUCCCAAGGACAACGUCAAAAAAGCACUUGAUGCCAAGAACUCUGCGACUGACGACUUCUUGGCCAUCGCCCACGACAUCCAUUACCAGACUGUGCACAAUCUGACUGGAUACAUGCUUGACUUGAUGGUCAAGAAGGGCUACAAGGGUGUCACUAUGGGCGAGUGUUUAGGUGACCCGGAAGCCAAUUGGUACCGCAGCAGCGGAAGCGGCAGAGUCGCUACCUCUUCCGUAUUUACACCACCAGCUUGCGCUUCCACCCGUGCUUCGUCUUCGGUAGCCGCUAGCCGUACUUCCAGCGGCGUUGUUGCAACACCCACUGGUGUCAGCCAGGACUCCUCUUGUGGAUCAGCUGUCGGCCUAACCUGUCUUGGGUUUGACCAGGGCGAGUGCUGUUCACAGCCACUGCGGUACUGGAUGUCAAAGCGGUUUUGGCAAGUGCGAUUCAUCGUCGGGCUCGUCUUCGGUCGUUGCUUCGUCUGCUGCCUCUUCUGCGAGCGCAGCGCAAUCAAGCUCUGCUUCAACCCCUGCCGCCUCGUCCGCAAGCGCACCGCGAUCAAGCUCUGCAUUACCCCCUGCUGUUUCGACGGUCGUGUCGUCGAGCACUAUCUCCUCUGCCGCUCGUUCUUCUUCUGUCCCAUCAAGCUCCACCGUCAAGCCGAGCACCACUAUCCAAACAUCGACCCGCGCGUCCUCCAAACCGACACCAAGCCCCACCCCCGCUCUUGUGGCCUCACCCAACGGCACGUGUGGUGGCUCUAA